UUUGCGCACGAUUCUGGGAGCAUAGGCUGUAGACGCCGCUGACGGGUCUACUAGAUCGUGUACCAGAGGCAUACGAGAAGACGACUUUGAACCGCAUAUGUAUCAUGGAGUUUCAACCGGUAAUAAUGGCGGCUGGAAGCGGAUCUCGGAUGUUUCCUUUGACUGAAACCAUUCCAAAGGCUUUGCUUCCAGUCGGAAAUCUGCCCAUGAUAUACUAUCCAGUGAAUAUGAUAGAGAAAGCCGGCUUUACAGACAUCACAAUUGAGUUGAGAACGCAUUUCCACUUUAUAAAGAAGACGAAGUCUUUAACUGAUUUCUUUUGCCAUUGUCAAGGAGCUGAGGAGAAUAGAAAUCUCUGUUUGCAGGAGGGUCUAACCAGCGUAGAACUGACAUAUGUAGACAAUGACAUAACCACUGAGGUUAUGUCAUUUGGUUUCACUCCUCUGAGAAGACUCAAGAGUGAAGUCAAAUUUACUCUACACCAUUGGAUAACAUUGCUGUUAUGUACUUAUUCGACUCUCUUGGGACGGGACCCCUGUUGGAUAAGAGAAAAUGGUGGAUACUGAAGCUGUUACGAACUCAACUAUUGUUCAUGUUAUACGGCAUUUUUUCCACAUUAGGUAUACUGAAUGUAGAUGUAGAAUGAAUGUAGAUGUAGACGAAUGUAGAAUACAACGAGAAGAAACGUUU